AUGGCAAUAAUUCCUAAAAGUACCUUUCUUUUAAUUAUUGGUGUUGUGACAACUUUGUUCUCCAUAGCUUUAGCUAUACCAGGGACUGCAGGAUUUUAUAGGAAGGAGUACUAUGUUCCUACAGUAUGUUAUGGAAAAAAACCUCAAGGUAACCUCCUAGCAACAAGUGACCACCUAGGGGGUGAUUUUAAUUGUGGUACAUUAUUAAAUGUCACAUGUAUUGGAAAAGUGCCAAGUCCUUGUACUGGAAAAAGUGUUGUGGUAAAAGUUGUUGAUAAUUGCCCUGGUUGUGGUCCAAGUGAGCAUGUAACAAUGGAUAUCUCUGAAGAUGCCUAUAGAAUUAUUGCUAAUCCAAUUGUUGUCCAAGGCCAUGUUAGCAUUGACUAUGUCAAGAAUACAAAUAUCUCAUCCAAGGAUUGGAUGAAUUUAGCAAGGUAUAGCAAACCGUAUAUUGAUGGUGUUGAAUCAUUCCUAGAUUUUGCUUACUCUUAUGAAGAUCCUCAAGGACAAGAAAUUCAAUGUCCAUGUGCAAAAUGUUGUAAUAUUCGUUGGACUCGAAGGAAUGUAGUGUAUGAUCAUUUAAUAUGCUAUGGAUUUGUUAAAGGUUAUACUAAAUGGAUCAAUCACAAGGAAUGGGAUAUCAAGUUGAAUGUUGACAAUGAUAUGGAUUACUCGCGUGAUGAUAUUGAUGGGUUGUUAAAUGAUCAAUUUAGAGAUGUUGCACAGGCUGAAGGAGUUUAUGAUGGUCCAAAUGAAGAUGCCAAGAAAUACUAUAACUUAUUUGAAGAGGCAAGCCAAGAAUUAUAUCCUGGUUGUACAGGAUUCUCUAAAUUAUCAUUCACACUUCGUUUAUAUUUGUUGAAGUGUCUACACGGAUGGAGCAAUGAAUCAUUCACUUCUCUUUUAGAGUUAUUAAAAGAGGCGAUGCCCGAGUUGAACAUUCCUCCGUCUUACAAUAAGACCAAGUCUAUGGUUAAGAAUCUCGGUCUUGAUUAUGAGAAAAUUGAUGCAUGUCCAAAUGAUUGCAUGUUGUUUAGGAAUGAUCAUAAGAAUGAUGAAUUUUGUCAUACUUGCGGAGCUUCACAAUAUAUUAAAAAUCCUGAAGUUAAUAGUGAGAGGUGGCAUGACGAGGAGCGUUCUAAAGAUGGAAAGUUAAGGCAUCCCGCUGAUGGUCAAGCAUGGAAAGAUUUUGAUAGGUUGCAUCCAAUUUUUGCACAAGAUUCUCGCAAUGUAAGACUUGGAUUAGCAAGUGAUGGGUUCAAUCCAUUUCGAACCAUGAGUAUAUCUCAUAGCACAUGGCCAAUUAUGUUAAUGGCGUAUAAUAUGCCGCCUUGGAUGUGCAUGAAAUCUGAAUAUUCUAUACUUUCUUUACUUAUACCUGGGCCACGAUCACCUGGAAAUGACAUUGAUAUUUACUUACAACCAUUGAUAGAUGAGUUAAAAUUGUUGUGGGAUUCUGGGGUUGAAACAUAUGAUGCUUCAAGAAAUCAGACUUUUCAAAUUCAAGCAGCUCUUAUGUGGACAAUCAAUGACUUUCCUGCAUAUGCUAUGUUGUCUGGAUGGAGUACAAAAGGAAAGUUUGUUUGCCCUUGUUGUAACUAUAACACUAAUUCUCGCUAUCUUAAGCAUAGUCGAAAAAUGUGUUAUAUGGAUCAUCGUGUUUUUCUACCCAUGGAUCAUCCAUGGAGAUCUAACAAAAGAUCUUUCAAUGGAAAAACUGAAUUCAGGCCUCUUCCACCUUUAUUAAAGGGAACCGAUGUGCUUAAUAGCUUACAAGAUUUUGAAAAUGUGUUUGGAAAGAAGAGAAAGAGAUCAAAUGAUGGCCCAUGGAAAAAAAGGUCAAUCUUUUUUGAAUUACCUUAUUGGCAACACAACUUGUUACGCCACAACCUUGAUGUAAUGCACAUAGAGAAGAACAUAGUCGAUAGCAUACUUGGAACUCUUUUGGAUAUUCCUGGCAAAACAAAGGAUCAUGCAAAAGCCCGGUAUGAUUUGAAAGAGAUGGGAAUUAGAAAGAAUCUUCAUCCAAAAGAUACUGGAGAUAAUAAGAGAACAAAGUUUGCAAAAGCUUGCUUCUCAAUGACAAAUGGAGAGAAAUCAGUUUUUUGUGGAGUUUUAAAGACAGCCAAGCUACCUGAUGGUAGUGCCUCCAAUAUAUCUAGGUGUGUGCAAUUAGAUGAAAGAAAAUUGUCUGGUUAUAAGACCCAUGAUGCUCAUUUCAUGUUACAUUACUUGCUUCCAAUACCAAUUAAAAGCAUCCUUCCAGAUCAUGUGGCUAUUCCUUUGAUUCGUCUAUGUUCCUUCUUCCAACGUUUGUGUCAAAAAGUUAUCAUAUUGGAGGAACUAGAUUGCUUAGAAGUAGAGAUCAGGGAAACAAUAAAUCAGUUGGAGCGAAUUUUUCCUCCGUCAUUUUUUGAUAUAAUGAUUCAUUUGCCUAUUCAUUUGGUGAAUGAAGUGAGAUUAGGCGGUCCAGUUCAGAACCGAUGGAUGUAUUCCACUGAAAGAGAAAUGGGUACAUUCAAAUCAUAUAUCCGCAACAGACGUUAUCCAGAAGGUUGCAUAGCAGAGGCGCGUGUGGGAAUAGACUGUAUGAAUUUAUUUUCUAGAUAUCUGCAUAGGGCAAUACAAACCAGAUUUAACAGAAGAGCCCAAAAUAAUGAUGAAUGUGACCCAAGUGAUGGAGAAACAGUGAGUUUAUUUCCUAAAAAGGGAUGUCCUUUAGGAGCAAAGAAAACUGAUUCAGUUAGUUUAGAUAACAAGUCACUAAGUCAGGCACAUGCAUACUUAUUGGGAAAUUGUGAUGAGAUUCAAGAAUAUAUUAGAGAGCAUGAGCAAGAGGUUAAUAAUCAUCCGCGAAGAUCUAAAUGGAGCAAGGCUAAGGAUCAUUGUCAAAACUUCUCUCAAUGGUUUGAAAUUCGUGCUUUGCAAGAGGAUGUGCCUGAUUUGAUAAAAGAAUUGUCUAGAGGACCAAAUUCUGUUGCUAAAAGAUACUCUGGGUAUCUCAUUAAUGGAUAUAGAUUCCAUAUUAGGCAACGUGAUGCAAGGCGUAAAACACAAAAUAGUGGUGUUACAGUUGUUGCCUCAACUACAAGCUUUGCAAGCUCAAAGGAUAAGAACCCGAUUGCUGCAGAUUUGACUUAUUAUGGUAGAAUAGUUGAUAUAGUUGAGUUAGACUAUUUUAGUCAUUUUAAGGUUGUUCUGUUUAAGUGCGAUUGUGUGGGAACCGUCCCAUCUGAUCGCGUUGCAGUAGAGUUAUUGCAACGGUUUUUGGCUACGGUCUUCACACUGUUACCAUAG